ACUGAAAAAAAAAAAAAUUUAGAGAGAUGAUGAAAGAGGAGAGAAAAUCAAAGCGAAGUCUCCAACAAACAGAUGGUUUUGUUGAAUGAAAACCGGCCUCCGUUAAACGGUGCUUCGGUUCCGAAACUGGCCAUUCAAUAUUUCUUUUCUGGGUGACCUGAAUUAGUAGGGUUUUCUCGUCCACUCCAAGUAGAGAAAGUAAUAAAUGCAUUUGUAGAGAAAAUCCCAGUUUUUUUGGUGGGAGGAAGAUUCCAUUUCUUCCCCUUCCCCUCUCUGCUCGGAUCGAUGUCGACGAACUAUCAGAGAAAUCUGAUCCGCGGCUUUGAUAUUUCAACCAUGGCAACGAAAUCUGGUUCGCUUGAUUACUGGCGCAAGUACUUUCGGAGUACGAAUUCGGACAUCUUUGAGGUCAUUGAGUAUGCAAUCAUGGUGGCUGCUUCGGAUUGUCCUAACGAGUUUAAGAUGAGAAGGGAUCGAAUUGCAGAGCGGCUUUAUACCUGUAAAUUAACUAGGUGUUCUGGGUGUGAUCGUGUGGAGCUGGCAGUACCAAAGGAGGAAGAAGGCGAUGAUAGUGGCUGUAAGAGUGAUGGUGAUUUUGAGGGUUCUCUUGGGAAGGAGAGCAAGGUUAAUAGUUGUACAAAUGACAACGCUGAGAACGAUAUGAAGAGGGUGAGCAAUUACAGCUACGAUGAAGCGGAGGCACUGACAGAGGAGAUUGAAGAGGAGACUCAGAUUGUGGGUGAGGUCAUGAGGAUCAAAGAGAUUCUUGUCGACAGUCAAGAUCAGUCGGAUGGGAUAUUGUUCGAAUCAUUAAGGAGGCUUCAAUUGAUGGCGCUUACUGUGGAUACAUUGAAGGCAACUGAAAUUGGAAAGGCUGUAAAUGGCCUCCGGAAGCACAAUGCUAAGCAGAUUCGUCACCUUGCAAGAACUCUCAUUGAUGGCUGGAAGGAUAUAGUUGAUGAGUGGGUGAAUGCAGCAGCUGCAGUUGCCGGUGCAACAGAAGGUUCUCCAGAUUCUGUCAACCCUUCUGUUGUUGUUGAUGAAGAAGAAGAAGGGCUGCCUUCACCUCCACUGGAUGAAGGAGCGUUCUUUGGGACUCAGCCUACCUCAUUAGAGCUCUCUCAGUUCUUUGAUGGCAUGGAUGAUGAUGGAAAUCCUCGGAACAAUGGGCAAUUCGACCAGAAUCGGGAGGAUGGGGGAAAAACAACACUGGAGAGCCGAAAUAUCUCCAAGAGGAAACCACCGCUUCCGAAUGAGUCAAAUAUGCUCACCAAGGACAAGAAGGGUCUGCCAGUGAGGAAACCCGAAGCUUGUAUCAGACAAGCAAAGCCCUCCAACACUGAGUCCGGGCCAGGGAGACCUCUAAAGCAAAGCUCAGUGCCCAAAUACAAUAAUGAUACCAAAUUUCAACAAAAAAUGGAUAUCAAUGGAAUACAGAAGAGGCCAGUGUCUGGUCAACAAGAUAAAUCAAAGUCAUCUGAUGAGAUUUCAGUCCAAGCAAAACUUGAAGCAGCUAAAAGGAAACUUCAAGAGGGAUACCAACAAGCUGAGAAUGCUAAGAAACAACGGACAAUACAGGUCAUGGAAUUGCAUGACCUCCCAAAGCAAGGGCUUGGUCAUAGACAUCCUCCUCAUGCUAAACUUGGCAACCACAAUUGGAAUUGGGCAAAUGGACGACGACACUGAUGUAGUGAUUUUACACCAAAGUUCAUGGAACUGGAUGUAAUUACCUUGUUUCUUCCAUUGCAGAAGCUGAUGAUGGGAGAAACAUCAAAAUGCUUCCUGGCAUUCCAUCUCUUAACCCCCAUUUAGUAGUAUAGGAAUUCAGAGUUAGAUACCCACCAAUUUUGCUGGUGCGAUGAGACGAUGGUUGGGGAAGCACUGAAAGUUGGGUUAAGGUCUCUUGAAACUCUUAUCUGAGCAUUCAAACGUAAUGAUUUACAACAAUUCAAGUACAUUACAUAAGGGGUAAAUAAUGAGAUAGCAUAAUAGGCUUCAAUAUAGAGAAGCUUUAGUUGAACAUGUUCAUGAUAUGUAGUUAGUUAGCCGUCAACAAUCUUGUUUGUUCAUCCCUCAAACUCUUUCAUGACAUAAUCAGAUAUGGCAUUUAUAUUGCACUUUGUGAAGUGCAUUCCAAUAGAAUCAUUUUACUGUAUCAUCUGUUGAAUUUGUUCUAUAGAAUAAAUUGAAGUACUUUUGAUAUUGGUUGAA